AAUUCACGCGGCCGCGAAAAGAUUCUGCCGCUGGAGGUUAUAAAAGUUAUCUUCGUCAACGUGCUGCGCGUUAGUGCUGAGGUAAAGCAACUCUGGGUCGGAAACCAAUUUUAAAAACCAAAAAAUAAUCAUGGAUGACGAAUCAGUUCAAAUGCUCAGGCGAGCUUUUUCGAUGUUCGACUCGACCAAGUCGGGCAAGAUCGAAAAGGAAAAGGUUCGCACAAUCCUGAACACACUCGGUCACACUUUCGACGAUCACGAGCUCGACAUAAUGCUGAAAGCCGAAGACGUCGACGGCAGCGGAGUAUUAGACUUUGAAUCAUUCUUCCGAGUGGCAUGCCAUUUCCAAGAGGAAGAUGACGAAGCUCUGCAGAAAGAACUUAAGGAAGCUUUCCGUUUGUACGACAAAGAUGAAAAGGGCUACAUUCCGACAAGUUCGCUUCGUGAAAUCCUUCACGCUCUUGAUGAUGGAAUCACACCCGACCAGAUGGACGGCAUGAUUGCUGAGAUUGACACGGACGGUUCCGGUACUGUUGACUUUGAUGAGUUCAUGGAAAUGAUGACUGGUGAUUGAAUGACUUCAAAAUAAUCUUAAUACUGAUCGUGUACAUUAUUAUUGAUAUUAUACUUAUUUAUUCAUAACUAUAAGAAGAAAUAUAUAAUUUUUAAUUAAAUAAAAGAACAUUAUUACCAAUUUUCUCUUCAGUAAUUAAUUCUUUCUUUUAAUUAAAUGUACCUUGAUUUUGAUAAACCGAAAU